AUGGCGACGUGCUCCUGGACGCUGCUCUGGCUUAUCUGGAUCGCGCUCGUCGGUGUGCUUCUAUUCUGCCUACGAGGUCCGCUUAAAAUCUACGAGUCGUUCGAAAAUGUUUCAGCCUCGUCCUAUUUCAGUAAUUUAACGCCCAAAUUUUAUGUGGCGCUAACCGGCACCUCGAGCCUCGUCUCCGGAAUCAUUCUGAUAUUUGAGUGGUGGUAUUUGAAAAACAAUGCUAUGGAAGCUGCUAGUGAUGAUGGAAGUGAUAAUGAUGACAGUGUUGAAAGCACUAAAAGCUUGCCAGGGUCCGAAUGUAAAGUUUGGCGAAAUCCGAUGGCGCUAUUACGAGGCGCUGAAUAUGCGCGAUAUCGGAAAGACCAUAAACGCGAGCCGCUCACAUAUUAUGAUAUGAAUCUAUCGGCUCAGGACCAUCAAUCGUUUUUCACAUGCGAGGAUGACAAUGGGAAGCCUGAUUAUGAAAUAAUGCAAAUGGCGUGGCGCGAGCGCGACAGCGAAGCGCGCAUUCACGCCGCCAAAUCGGCGUUGGCAAUUAAUGAGGAUUGCGCGCCGGCGCUCAUACUACUCGCCGAGGAGGAAUGCGAAACGGUCGCCGAUGCGGAGGCGAUGCUCAAACGGGCAUUGCGCGCCACCGAAUUGGCGCUUGCCAAUUAUGCGAACAAUCAUUCACAGAUUUCGGCGUAUUCGGAGCGCGUCGGCGACGUUUACGCGAGAAAUGCAAGGCGCCGCGACAUCAAUAUGCAAAUGUAUAUUCGCAGACGAUUGGCGAUGUGCGCGAGGAAGCAAGGCCGCCUGAGAGAAGCCGUCAAAAUGUUCAAAGACAUGUCACGCGAAGGCUCGAUUGGCGCUGUGCUCAAUGUGCAAGAGAAUUUGAUAGAAGCAUGCCUCGAGAUGCAAGCCUACGCUGAUGUCCAAACGCUUCUCGUCAAGUAUGACGGCUAUGGUGCAGCGAGUGCAUACGAGAUGCGAGAGCCGAGAUCGGCGGUGCUCAGCUAUACGUCAGCUCUAUUGAAAGUGCGAGCGGUCGCCGAAAAUUUUCGGUGUAAUGUUGACACUUCAAUUCGACGCGGCCUCUCCUUAGCCGAGCAGUCGGCGAUUGAAGCUCUCGUGCGAGCCAUCGAGUUCAAUCCGCAUGUUCCAAUCUAUUUAUUAGAACUCGAGCCUCUCAUUCUGCCGCCCGAGCACUAUUUGAAACGCGGCGAUUCUGAAGCGCUUGCGUAUGCAUUCUUCCAUAUGCAGCACUGGAAACGAAUCGAUGGCGCGCUCAAAUUAUUGCACUAUGUAUGGCGAGGUGAUUUCUCGAUUAAAGUCGGCGUCAAUAAUUAUUGCUAUCCGUACUCGCCGCAAUUGGAAUCGGCUGAUCGUGAGCUUCUGCCGAGCUGGCACAAUUUGAGUGUGUUCCCGAAAAAGGAGAGCAUGCUGAAAUCGAUGUGCCAAACGAUGGCGUGUCUUGUCACAUGCGUCGUCGCGCUCAUUGUUCAUCAUUAUCCGACGAAUUCGAGCCAAUUGGCGAACAAUUUCGCUGUCACGCUUAUGCAGAGCAUGGACUUGAUAUCGGAUAGUUUGUCGCAUUGGGCGCCGACGAAUAUCAUCAGUUUGCUGGCAUCGAAACCCGUACCGAUAAUGUCCAUAAAUGGGACGAUCGACUCGAAAAAGUUAGUUGAGGCGCUGUUGGGCGAUUUGCGAACGCUGUCUCAAGAAGCGAAGAAGAAGCAGAAUCAUGUGAAGGAGGCGGCUGAAGCCGGCCUUGUGAGAAUCCGAAAUAUCAACACAGCGUCAGCCGUCGAGUCGUCGCUGUUGACGAAUCUGCGCGCGGCGUGCUCGGAGCUUCUUCAUCCGUUGGUGCUCGCAUGCGCGACACGCCACACAAGAUUGGUGCAAAUUGCGCUGCAAGGCAUCCAGAGGCUUGUGCAACAUCGAAUAUUGAGCUCGAAUGGCGCGACAAUUGUGGCGAAUGAGCUUUGGACGCUGGUCGAAGCGGAAUGCGAAGAAUUGCGUGUUCUUCAGACGGUUCCGCCGCUCGUUUCAUCGGAAUUGAUUGUGACGGGCAACACGUUGGCGAAAUGCAUUGUGAUGUGCUUUCGAUUGCAUUUUGCGAAAGAUCCGGUGGUGAUCAAUGCCGCGUCGGCGGCCGUCCGACAAUUGGUCUCGACGGUGUUUGAAAGAGUUAUCCAGGAAGAUGGGAUUUUCUCGUCGGAGCUCACUGUGGUCAAUCCGGCCGGUGGACGACCGUCGCCGCGAGCAGCGCCGCCGACACUUCGACCAUGCGCCGCUGAUGCUUAUAUGCUGUUUCGGGAUUUAUGCUUGCUAAUAAAUGGUGAAGCUCCAGUUUGGCUUGUCGGAAUUCAAGAAAUGACGAGAACACUUGGCCUUGAACUAUUGGAAUCGCUAUUGAAAGGAUACCCAUCGGUUUUUAUUAGGCAUUCCGAAUUUGGCGGAUUGCUCAGCAAUGAUGUUUGUCCGCUCAUUAUUCGACUAUUCUCGCCAAAUGUCAAAGCUCUGCAGAUCAACUCGCAGCAUCCAUCAUCGCGAAACUCAAACUAUCCGCCGACGGUGUCGGCAGACCGGCAAUCAUUUCCGAUAGCGAUGCGUCUCGUUCGAAUAGUGACACUCAUAAUUCAAUUCUACCAAAGUAUUUUGCAUACGGAAUGUGAGAUCUUCAUAUCGACACUUUUGAAAUUCGUUGACGGCGAUCGCAAAAGUUGGCAACGACCGCUGGCGUUGGAAGCACUUCAUCGAAUUGUAUCGAGCGCCAGUUUAGUAAGAUGGAUGUCGGAAACAUUUGAUUGCCGCACGAAUUCGACAAAAGUUUUGGAGCAAGUUGCUUCGGGAUUGGCCAAUGUUGUCCAACAAUCACUUGUCGCCACUCAAUUCUCGCACGACCAGGAGAGUGAAAUUGACCGAAGCCAAGAAGAUGGUAGUCCGGGAUUCCUUUCCAAAGGACUAUGGGUGCCCUAUGUCGAACAGCUCACACCGAAAAAGACGAUAUUGCUGGAUUCGCUCGAUCGUAUGGAUGCGGUCGCUGUUCCCGACGGAUAUGUGCUAUCGAGAUGUUGCGUUGCAUUGUGCGAUAUGGCGCAAGCGGUUUAUGUGGCGGUAGAUCAAUUGUGUUUGCCGGACGAGAAUGCCGAAGAGACGACGGUAUCGAAAAUGGGCAUCGCCAAGGUGACGUAUGCGAACGCGCAGCCGAGUAUAUUAUUAGCGAUUGGAAGCUUGCUGGCCUCGAGUACUGAUGAAAUGGUUAGCGAUCAGCUGCUAUGUAGCUUGUCGACAUUGAUCUCAGCGGGAUGUCGGGUGGGUGCCGGUGAAGAUCUCCAUCGAAGUGUCUACGUCCUUUCUAUCAUGAGCCUACCGUACCCGGGAUAUCUAACCCAGUUGGCGGGAAUCCCGCCGCCAAGUCCAACGAACAAAAAAGAGUCUCAGAUUGCCGAACAAUUGUUUGAUUGCGAGUCGUGGCCGUCAACGGCGCAGGUCGUCGCGACGGGACCACCGUGUCCGUGUCCGGUGGUGUCCACGGAUUUGUGGAAUCGACAAGUUGCUUUGACUUCAAAGAAUAUGCAAGCGGCGAAGCAGUUCAUCGCAUCGCUCACCGCGCAUGUCAGCGAGCUCAGUGAGCUCUACUAUUUGUGUCUGGCCACAUGCCAACACCUCACCUGGCUACUGGCGAUGCGACCCACGCAGGUUGGUCAAUUUGAACGCGAAACGAGGGACGAUCAUGCGGCGGGACCCACAACGGUCACCACGGCGGCGCUGCCCGAUAUCGCGGUUCUCUCAUCCUAUAUCGACAAGUUGGCACCAGCGAUCGGCGGACUUCCUGAUGAAAUAUUUCUGAAGGCGUUGGAUUCGCUCAUACGGCUUUCCGAUGAGAGUUUGGCGGUGGCGGCGACCGGACGGGACAGCUCGCAAUUCCCGUUGGCAAUUUUGUAUCGAGUGUUUCUGAUUUCGUUGCCGAAACUUGAUGUGUUUUGGGCGAAAGCCUCGAAUCAUUUCAUCAAAGUCUGCAAUCAUACGUCGGUGACGAUGAGAGAUUGGGCCGCCGUCGGUUUGACGUCGCUGGCGAAGCAGGCGAUGAAGGCGAAAACGAAUAUGCCGGCGAAAGACCAACAGGACGUGUGUAUUUCGUCGCUUCACGCGUUGUGCUCGAUUCCUCAUGUGCAAGUGCGACGGAGACAAUUGGAUUGUGUGAUGUCGCUGAUGCAAACCGACGGCUCGUUUCUGCUGUCGACGACGUGGCCGACAAUUAUUCAAAUCAUCUCGGCGAUUAUUGAUAGUGAUACCGUAUGCGAGCUCUCUUUGGUGCGACAAGGCUAUCUCGGACUUCGCCUAGUUUCGUCGGACUUUCUUCAAUCGAUUCCAUUCGACUGUGUGACAGGACUUGUGGAGGCGGUCUCUCGUUAUGGAAGGCAGACAACGGAUCAGAAUAUAUCGCUAUCAGCUCUAACAUUAUUGUGGACGAUUUCCGACUUCAUCUAUCGAAAAAUGGAUGUUGUUGGCGCUGAUGCGUCAGAAGCGGUUUGGAUGGUCCUCUACACGUGCUUAUCGGAAUCUUGCAUCGAUCCGAGGUUCGCGGUUCGCAAGAGCGCUUGUCAGACACUUCUGCAAACGGUGACAGCCCACGGGCACGCGUUGAGAGCAUCGGCGUGGCACAAUGUGAUUUGGCAGAUAAUGAUUCCACUGUUGGACAAGGUACGAUCGCAGACAAGAAGCGCGUCGACGGAAAAGGCAAACGGCGAAUUGAUAAUGCAUCAUUCGAGGGACACCGAACAGAAGCAAUGGACCGAAACGUGCAUUCAUACACUAUCAGCGAUAUCAAAGAUAUUCAAUUCACAGAGAAAAAGCUUACUUGCAUUACAGGAUUUCGGAGCGGUAUGGGAAGCGCUUUUGGGCUAUCUUGACUGGGCGGCGUGCUACGAGAACGCGGAACUAUCGCUAUCGGCGAUUCGGAGCUAUCAAGAGGUUCUGCUUGGCAAAGUCUCGUCGCAGACGCUCAAUGUGAAUAGCCAUGAGAAGUCGAAUUGUUCUGAAGCGAUUUUCGACAUUGUCGCGCCGGAAUUGCCGCAAGCGCAAUGGGUUGACUCGUGGAAGACGUGGCUGCGAAUUUCGCGCGGUCUUGCUCGUCAGGGAUGCGUCGCUCAAUCGUACUCGACGAAUGUUGACAACAAAUCGGCCACGUCAUCGCCGCGACCAUUGUCGACGACGUCGUCAAUGGCGUCACUAGCCGGCGUCUACGUUCCCGGACCAUCGCAUUUGACAGCGAUACUCCACGUCUUUCCGCCACUAUUCGACAAAGUUGCCAAAAGCAUCAGUGUUGAAGAUUUGAAGUAUGAAAGCUUGCCGGCAGUGUUGGAAAGUAUGAUGAAUGUGCCGAUCCCAUCGGAAAUGGCGCCGUUCGUUCUUCCAUCGUCCUCCACUCAUCUGACGCCGACGCAAGAAGCGCUUCUCGACGCCGUCAAAAUCGUGUUCGUCGAAUGCACAAUAUCGGGCACGUCGUUGCGCGCCGCGAUUCCCGACCAAAUUCGAUUGUUGCUGAAAUUUGCGAGUCUCGCCACUCAGCGACCGUCGCCGACAAAAACGGCGCCGGGCGGCACCAAAAGCUAUAAAGAAUACGCGCUGACCACAAUUGUGCCGUUUGCCGAAUACUCGUUGAGAAUGGCGAUCGAGUUUUUCAAUUCGACCGCCUCUCAUCCGGAUGUUGCCAAUUCGCUGAUUGCAAUUGAUAUUGUGCGAUUCCUCGGCGAGCCGUUGUACAUGAAAUACACGUGCCUCUCGCCGAGCACGUGGAAAUUGGCGGCGAGCUCGCUGAUGACGGUUCUGAAGACGGCGAUACCGUAUGCGAGGCAGCAUCCCGAUCGAUUCGUUGGAUUAUGGCCGGCGAUUUGCGAUACGAUGGAGAAGUUCCUGUUCACACCGAAUCGAUCGAAUCGACUGGCGGCCGAUGAGCGCAAACGCGACGAGCUCAUGGAAUGCCAGGCGGUUGAGAUCAUUCGCGUCGAGAUGCUCGCGCACGCGUCGAAAUUGCCGCCGCAAGACGUUCAGCGACUCAUUGGUCUCCUUCACAAGGGCUCGAUAUCGCAGGUUGAUUCGACGGACGUGCUCGAUUCGCAUACGCAACGCAACGAGUUGGCGAAGACGUGCUUCGACGCGCUGCUGAUGUCGUCGGACGCGAACGGCGCCGAUGCUUCUGACGAUGGAAGCUCGUUGGGAAAUGUGGCGGUGAUCAGCUUAUUGCAGAGAUGCACUCAGGUGAUGUCGGACUUUUGUCAGGAUUGGGCUUCAUCUGGCGAUCUGAGGCUUCCGCGAUCGAGGACCAUCGAAAUGAUAUCAGCGCUUCAAGCCGUCGAUUCUCUCAUUUCCCGGCUAGCCAAGGACCCUCGAAUGCACGAGCUUUAUUCGCAAUUGGUUUCCCUGUUCCCGUCGGUUGUCGACGUGAUGCGAUGCUGUCAUGCGGAUCCGCAACUUGAAGAUCAACUCAUCAAAACGAUCAAAUCGUACCAGACGCUAUUCCUUUUGCAGAAUAUUCCGAGAGCUUUUGACCAAUCGUGA